UUUUUUUUAAAAAAAAAAAAAAGACACACAAUAAAAUUAACAAUGUCUCUUCUUUUUUUUUCAUUUUCUUUUAAAAUAUUAAUAUAUUGUAUGUUUUGAUAUGGUAAAGGCAAAAUCGAAAAAGAAAUCUACUACAACAGGGCCUGGAUCAAGUGCAAAUCAAUUUCGAUAUUCUACUACAUCCGGCAAACUUUUACCUCUGCAGACAAUACAGCAAAGGAUUGAAAAUUUUCGUGAAUCCCUUACGUGGCCUGCCUGUGUCAAGGUAUUGAAAGCAAAUAUUGCAGUAACGAUUGCUUUGGGACUUUUAUUGAUUAAUUCAAUUCGUAACUUGACAACUGUAGGCGGUAUCUUGGCCUCAGUUGCUGUCGAGUUUGUACAUCCUACAAAAUCCUAUGGGUUUUUAGCCGAGGAUGUGUUGUUUGGAGCCAUCAUGUGUUGUGUCUCUGCUGCUUGGUCUAUUUUAGCUAUCUAUUGUGCAUUUCUGGCGAGAGAUCCGAAUGAUCCAACUUUGGCUCAGCGUGGUGAAUGUGCUAUCUUAUCUUUCUUUUUAAUCGUGGGCUGCUUUUUCUUGACUUUAUUUCGAGCUAAAGUAGAACAAGCCAAUGUAGGUGGUAUGUUAUCGGGCACAAUUAUGGUUAUCUGUAUAACUACAGCUGUACAGUCUACAUUGUUUACUGUGGAGACAGUGCUGCAGGUUUGGUUGCCUACAUUAGUAGGAUUCUCGUUAAUUUUUAUUGUCUUUCUUUUAAUUUUUCCCGAAAAUAGUACAAGAGUAUUUAUUCAACAUUUAAUAAAGGCAUGUGAGACGUUUGAUGGAAUUAUUCAACAUCAAGUAUCAGCAUUCUUAAAAGUAGAAAACGGACCAACCGUUGAAUCAUUAGCAAUGAUUCAUCAAACAGUCGACACCCUUAUUACAACGCUUAUUCAAAGAAAAUGUAUGGUCAAAAGAGAACCUUCAUUCAAUGCCAUUUCACCUGCGGAUGUAGGUGAAUUGACCUCUAUUAUUAAAAGACUCAGUACUCCUCUUCAAGGCAUCGGUCUUAGUUUAGCUAUGGAAGAAAAUAUGCAAGAAGCAGGAAGAUCACCCUUUCAGACAAGUAGUGAUGAUGAAACUAUCGUAACUCACCUAUUCAAUCGACCUCGUAGUUAUUAUGGAGGCACAGACGAUGAAAGCUCUGAGGGUUUAGAUGAUUGCGACGAAGCGGUAGCGCCUACUACUACAGAUGAAAAAUUCACGCCUAUCCUUCUUUCAACGACGCAGCCAUCACUCUCUUCUCCUAACCUAUCAGUGACCUCAUAUCGUCAUGACAGUUCAGGAUCACCCGAUCAACAACCACGACUGAGAAAGACUCAAACUCGUCUACGUUGGGAGGAUUCGAUGAAGGUGAUGACUUAUUGGCGAGAAGAUUAUGAUGAUGUAUUAAAUCGUGUUAAGCCUCUCUAUCUUGAACUCACAGAGGCUUGUUCAAUAGCAGUUAAAGAAUCUGUUAAACGACUUAGACGUAUUCAAGAUCUUGAUGCACGAUUUCAAAAUCGACCUUUCUUUUAUAAAUAUUAUUAUCGAUGGAGAAAGGGGUCUCAAAAGGAAAAGGAAGAGCGAUUAGAAUAUGAAUAUGAUCCAUCUCUAGAUCCCUCUAUACCCCUUCUCAAGGCUAUUGAACGAUUUCUUCAACAUCGGUUGGACGGUUUAGAUCGACUUUACACAAAGUCUGGUGUUCCACGACGUAUUCUCUUUUUAUUACUUACCUUUCAAUUCAAUCUUCAUGCCUAUGCAGAGCAAAUCUAUACACUGACGUCCUUCAUUUAUGAAAUGGAUAAGACAAGGACGAAGAAACGGUUUUGGAUCCCCCAUAUGCCGCCCUGUAAAUGGUUCUUUCAAAGUCAUAUAAUGGAAGAAAACAUUGAACUUGACACCCCGGGUGCUGUGGCAGAGGCAGUGAAUUCGUCACUUACUCUACAAAGGACACUUUCCAGAACUAUCUCCAUCAAUGUCAUGAAUGAUCUCUCCCAGCAGCAAGAGGAGAUAAUGCAAGAACCUACCACCAUUUAUAAAAUUAACACAUUACGACGUGGUGAAAUUCAUGAGAAUGAGGAACGCCAAUUGCAUCAUCAUCGUCGUCAUCAUCAUCUUUCAAACUCUUCCUCCGGGAGCACAAUAGCAACAACCAUGAGUAAAUUCUGGAAUGCAUGGAAAACACCAGUAAAUCCAUUAGAGUAUCAUGAUCCAGAUGUUGCUUACCCUACCACCUCCACACAACGUUUCUUUUAUUCCAUGUACCUGUUCUGUAAAGAACAUUUUUAUACGGCUGAUGUUGGCUUUGCCUUUCGUGCUGCCUUCGCUGUAGCCUUUCUGACAUUACCUGGAUUCUUGGAGACGACAGUGAAUUGGUAUAAUAAUGUCAGAGGGCAAUGGGCAGCUGUUGUCGCUCUUAUCUGGAUGGGCCCCUCAGUUGGAAGUAAUUUUUUUGGUACCAUGACAAGAACGGUAGGUACAUUUAUAGGCGCUGUCGGAGGCAUCGUUAUCUGGGAGAUCAGUCGAGGUACUGCAGCUGGUUUGAUUAUUCUUACAUUCAUAUUCAACUUGCCUUGGUGGUUAGUCUAUAUUAAUGGGAAAUUUUGGAAAGCAACAGGUCUUUUCUCUUUGAUUACUGUUUCGUUAAUUGUUGGAUACACUUAUAGUUUUAAACCAAAUGGACAUUCGUUUUCUGUCUAUCAAAUUGCAUUAGAGAGAACGGUCAGUGUCAUUAUUGGUGUCUUUUCAGCACUUAUUCUUAGUGUCUUUCCAUUUCCACGUACUGGUCGUGUUAUCCUUCGUCAUCGUAUCUCGCAAACCUUAAAGGGAAUUGCUACACUUUAUGCCUCAUUCUUAACACUCGUUUUUAAGGUGAAAGAAGAGGAUGAAACAACAAGAAUUGAAAAUCAAAAACUUUUCCGUGCUGUAGCUCAAUCCAUUCGUCAGCAAAUUAAAGGUGAACGUGUUUUACUUGAUCAGAGUCGUUUUGAACCUGCCCUUCGUGGUAUUUUCCCCGAAAAUAAAUACCUUCAAAUUCUGCAAAUCUUGGAUAAUAUACUUAGCUUAAUGCUGGAGAUGGAGUUUUCUUUUAGUAAAAUACCUUCUCAAUGGAGAUUAGAGAUUGUAAGAGAUACAUGGAAGGAAAGAAAGAUAAUGACUUCAUCCUUUUUGACAGCACUUCAUUUAGGUUCAAAUGCAUUAUCAAACAAAUCACCUUUACCACCUUAUGUCAUUCGACCCACUAAAGCCAGACGAAAAUUAACGAAUAAGGCACGCAAAGCACCUGCCAUGUCAUUGAAACAUUUGGGUGAUCGUGAAUACACUUAUUUUAGUACUUAUUUAAUGAAUUCAGAACAAUUAGCAGUAGAAAUUGAACUGUUAAAUGUUAUUAUUCGUGACCUUGUUGGUCCUGAUAGUGUUAGUAUUUGGCUUGAUUAUAAACACUAAAUAUACCCUUUUCUUUAUAUAUAUGUAUAUAUAUAUGUAUACAUAAAUAAAUAUAAAUUAAUGAUAUAUGACCGUCUUCUAUUAUUUUGAGCUACACAAAUAUGUAAAUACUCAUUAUGGC